AAUCGUCCUCGAUUUUAUUAAACGGAGUUUUAUAUUGAGGAUUUCGGUUAGUUUCGAUCAGUGUGAGAUACAACUUGUAUUACGCAUCGAAUUUCGAGUCGAAGUGCUCAAAAUCUGUGAAAAAAGAUUUACGUCGAACUCCUCUCAGGGAAGGAAGUGUUUUCCGAAGGUCCAGUUUGUUUUUUGUUUUUCUUCAAAACAGACAAUAAAGGAGAGGAUGCCCCGUGGCGAUUGAAAUUUGGAUUAAGUACCUAUUUUCCGUGUUGAUACUGUGCUGGAGGUACUAAAAUUAGACCUUGUGUCAGUUUGGCGAUCGUGCUCAAAGAAAGUUGCAGGAUGAAAUUAAUCAAAUGUUUUUAAAAUAAAUAAAACGGACGAUUCAAUUAUUUUUUAAUUGAUUAAUUGUCUCUGUGAUUGUGAUCCGUUAGCACAUUGGAGCACCAAAUUGGAAUCGUGAAAGCUCGAUCAAUUUUAUCAAAAAGUAGAAUUCGAUGUGCUACUGGCAGCAUUUUGAGGAACACAACAAGUGCGAUCAAGUGACAUAGUGACAUUAAAUGGGUGGCUCUUCACAAGUGUAACUUUUUCGGGAGCUCAACAAGUUCCAACGGUUUAUGUGCGACCAGUGUUCUACCGACUUCCAAUUAAAAACUCAAGAAUUGAGAAAAGUAUUUUUGGUAAAGUUCCGUCAAUUUGGAAGUGUGAGCCAUCGCGAAAUAUUUUAAGUUGCCCAAAUAUAUCUUUGAUUGACUAUAUCAUCAUGAUACUAAUCACAAGUGCGAGAUGAAUUCAGCGACGAAUGAAGGAUUUGCAAAGCGGUAAAAUUGUUGGUGCGGUUUGAAACUGAAAAAUGUGAGGUUUGAUUUUCGCUGAUCGCUUUAGGAUACAAUUUUUUUUGGCGUGGCGGAAGAUGACGAAUUUAAAUACAAUCAGAAUCGUCGUUCUUGGCGGCAGCAGAUGUGGAAAAACAGCGGUGACAGUGAGGUACCUGACGAAGAGGUACAUCGGCGAGUACAGCUCCACCACCGAUUUCCUGUAUCGCACAAAUGUAACUUUUGAUAAUGUUACAACCCAGUUAGAAAUCCUAGACACUUGUAAAUGCACGAUAAACGGGUGCCUGUACGACCACUUUAGGUGGGGCGAAGCUUUCGUCGUCGUCUACAGUGUGACCAGUCAGCACAGCUUCCGAGAGGCGCAGGACCUCCUGGAAAAAUUGAACAGCCUCAAACUCCCCUCCUACUACACAACCCUCCUCCUGGGGAACAAGCGGGACUUGGACCAUUCCAGACAAGUUUGCGUGGACGAGGGCCAGGAGCUUUCGCUGCGCUACGGGAGUCAGUUCUACGAGGUGAGCGCGGCGGAAAAUUACGUGGGCGUCAUGUUGUCCUUCCAGUCCCUCCUCCGGGACGCCCGCUCCGUCCAGCUCCUCCGUACGCUCCCUAUUCGUCGGAAACUGGGCGUCAACUCCGUGUCCAAGGUCCUCGGCACCAUCUUCGGCAAGAACAACGGCAACAAGGCCAACAGGAAGAAGAGACCUUCGCUCAGUAUAUGAACAUGUUUCCUUUCCAAAAACUAGCCCCGUUACUCCUAGAGUCCCUUUAUACAGGGUGUCCCAGGAUUAAGAACGAAUCGGCACCAUCUUCGGCAAGAACAACGGCAACAAGGCCAACAGGAAGAAGAGACCCUCGCUCAGCAUAUGAACACGUUUCCUUUCCAAAAACUAGACCCGUUACUCUCAGAGUCCCUUUAUACAGGGUGUCCCAGGAGUAAGUACGAAUAUUGAAGGAGUCGAUUCUUUGGGUCAAGAAAAGACGUUUUUGUAGUGUAAAUUUUUUUUCCAAAAAUGCUUUCCCUGGGGGUCACGGCCUCCCAAAGAUGGAGAAAAAAAAUUGUCUUUUUGACAUUGUGACAAUGUUUAUCAACCAAUAUUGGAUUACAUUUUGCAAUAAGGAACCACUUAUUUCUGGCCCACUUUAGAAACAAC